GAGAAAAUCUUUUCUUCUCUUCAACUUGGCCUAUGUGUGAUGGCUUCGCUUAUAAAAAAAAGAGCCCAAAAAGGAGAACUGAAAGAAAACCUAGAACUCUCCCACCAAAGAAGGCAGUCUUCAUACGGAUGCUAACAACUGAAGAUAGGUUGACUCAGCCACCCAAAUCUUCCCCUUUAAAUUCUCCCCUCAAUUCUUCACUUCCUUGGCUCUUCUAUCCAUUGCUUUGGUUUUGCUUUUUCUCCCAAGUCACAUAGAAACAACGAAUAGGAGACUCAAAGCCUCUCGCCUUCGAUUCCCUCAAAAAUAAACGAGGAAAGAAAGAAGAAAGAUAUGAGAUAUACACCUGUUAGCUUUCCCAGACAAAAAAACAUGCUUUUCUUAAGAAGCUUCAUUAUAUUAUUCCUGAGCUGUCUAACCAUUGAAAUCAACCUCUGCUUUCCCAGCAUUCCUUCUUCGCUAAAAUCACUUUCCAUUGAUGGUCAUUUCCAUUUUGAACAAGUUCACCAUGCAGCAAAAGAUUUUGGCAAUAGAUACAGUUUCCUUCCUUUGGCAGUGCUACACCCCAAGUCAGUUUCUGAUAUUGCCACCACAGUGAAGCAUAUUUGGCGGAUGGGUCCUCGUUCAGAACUCACAGUUGCAGCUAGAGGCCAUGGCCACUCACUCCAGGGCCAGGCACAAUCCCACCGAGGAGUUGUAAUCAACAUGGAAUCACUCCAAGGCCCUAAAAUGCAGGUAUACACUGGAAGCUUCCCCUAUGUGGAUGUCUCUGGUGGUGAGUUAUGGAUAGAUAUCCUACAUGAAAGCCUGAAAUAUGGGUUAGCACCAAAAUCUUGGACAGACUACCUACAUUUAACAGUUGGCGGUACUCUUUCCAAUGCUGGGAUCAGUGGACAGGCAUUUCGGCAUGGACCGCAGAUCAGUAAUGUUCACCAACUGGAAGUUGUUACAGGUAAAGGAGAAGUGGUAAAUUGCUCAGAGAAGCAGAACAGUGAUCUCUUUUACAGCGUUCUUGGAGGACUCGGUCAGUUUGGCAUCAUAACACGGGCAAGAAUAUCGCUGGAACCAGCACCUGAAAUGGUCAAAUGGAUUAGAGUGCUGUACACAGAUUUUGCCACAUUUGCCACGGACCAAGAGAAGUUAAUAUCUGGAGAAAGCACAUUUGAUUAUAUUGAAGGAUUUGUGAUAAUAAACAGGACUGGUCUCCUAAAUAACUGGAGAUCAUCCUUCAAUCCACAAGACCCCGUACAAGCCAGUCAAUUCAAGUCAGAUGGAAGAACUCUCUUCUGUCUUGAAUUAGCAAAGUACUUCAAUCCUGAAGAAAUGGCAUUAGUAAAUCAGGAAAUUGAGAGUUCCUUAUCUCAGUUGAACCAUAUUCCGUCAACACUUUUUCUAUCGGAAGUUCCAUACAUUGAGUUUUUAGACAGGGUUCACAUUUCCGAGAUCAAACUCCGUUCAAAAGGCUUGUGGGAAGUUCCGCAUCCAUGGCUUAAUCUUCUCAUACCCAGAAGUACAAUAGACAGUUUUGCUCAACAAGUCUUUGGCAAUAUCCUUAAAGAUACAAGCAAUGGCCCCAUCCUCAUCUACCCGGUUAACAAAUCAAAGUGGGACAAUAGAACUUCUGUUGUUAUACCUGAAGAAGAUGUUUUCUAUUUAGUGGCAUUCCUUUCUUCCGCAGUACCUUCUUCAACAGGAAGUGAUGGCUUAGACCACAUCUUAAUUCAGAACAAAAGAAUUUUAGAAUUCUGUGAGAUGGCUCGUCUUGGGGCAAAGCAGUACCUGCCCUACUAUUCUACACAAUUAGAAUGGCAAUCUCAUUUUGGCCCACAAUGGGAAGUUUUUGUCCAGAGAAAAUCCACUUACGACCCAUUGGCAAUUCUUGCUCCUGGCCAAAGAAUAUUUCAAAAGGCAAUAGCUUACUCAUCAUAGCAUCCAUCUUAUCUAAAGAAAAUAAUAAUAAUAAUUUACAGCAUGAGGCAAAUGUUUUAGCCUUAUAUGAGGAAGGAGGCUUUAAGGCUAGUUGAAUUUUUUUUUUCAACCAAAAAGGUCAACCAUAUCAUAUGUUAAUUAUUGACUAGAGUUGUAAGAGGCAAUGGACAAAAAUCAGUGCCAUAAACGGGAUGUAUGUAAAUACUGAAUUUGCCAGAUACCAGCUAAUUAUUUUCUCUACAAAGUCCAAUUGCUAAGACAAAAUGCAAUACAAAAUGAAGGCAACACCGGAUUUAGAUCAUAUUAACAAUUUCUAAUUUUCUUUGAAGAAAAUUCAAGUAAAAUACUAAAUUGAACAUGGUCACAGCAACAAACAUAGAAACAUUGACCACCUGCUGAAGUAUCUAACUUGUUGCAAUUGGUGCCAAUGCCAUACCAUACCAAACUGUGCUUUGACGAAUGCACAUGGACAAUACUUCGCUUCUGAUUCAGCGUCAACGAGUAUCAAUCAUGGCAGAAAGCCAUUGGCCGAGAAGCUAGGUUGUGAAGACUGAAUUGAGGCUAAACCACCAGAGGCCUGCAGCCUUUCUUCUCUCGAGCUAAGGUCCUAUAAUCUGUUGCGUUCUUCCCUGUCCUUUUGAUCUUUUAUGCCAAGUUCCAUAGCAUUUUGAGGAUGGCAAUCUUGCGAAAGAUAAAUUUCUUUUUUGUAUUAGUCAAUUAACAAGCUCUAAUAAAUCCUUACAGUCAGCAAUCAAGGGAAAAGGUGUCUAAGUGAAGCAAGACCUAGAAUUAGCACAAUAUACAAAGCGGAUAAUAAGUCAAGAUUUUGAAAAUACCCUUUUUCUUAGGGUACAAUCAAAUAC